AUGGAUAGAAGGUUAAUUGAGGCUGCCCAGAUGGGUAAUGUUGACCUUUUGCUCAAUUUGAUCAAAUAUGAUUCCCUAAUUCUACACUCUGCUUCAUUAGCAGAGGGAGAGACUCCAUUACACAUUGCUUCCAUGGCUGGCCACCUCAAUUUUGUACAACAAAUACUAACAUUGAGGCCAGAAUUUGCCACGGAGCUCAACCAAGACGGUUUUAGUCCCCUCCAUAUUGCCUCGGCAAAUGGGUAUCUAGAGAUUGUUAAAGAGCUCUUGAAAGUGGAUCGUGAUAUGUGUGCGGUGAGGGGAAGAGAGAAGAGGAUACCCCUCCACUACGCGGUGAUCAAGGGUAGAAUUCAUGUUAUGAAGGAAUUGCUCGCUGCUAGCCCGGAUUCUGUUGAACACGUCACGGUUCGGGGAGAGACUGCCCUUCACCUUGCAGUCAAGAAGAAUCAAAUUGAAGGGUUGAGAGUGUUGGUGGAACAUAUCAAGGAUUUCAAGAAAGUGGGUGUUUUGAAUAUGAAGGAUAGCAUGUCAACACCAUCUUGCACCUAG